AUGAGGCCGCCGGCAAGCCGGUCAGUCAUUCAUUCUGAGCUCGACAACGACGACGACAGGAUGCAGGUCAACGCCGAUUUGCGACCGAUCCUCGGACCAGCCCUAGUGAGACUCGAUCCAAUGAGAAUCAAACAAAUUCAGGAUCCCGUGGUGUAUGAGGCGAUUGACAAUUUGGCGAAAUUGUCGGCGCAUUGUUUGCAGCUUCGCUCGCCGCUCACCACUUGCGAGAAGCUCAUCAACUCCGACAACACUCUCUAUUUAUCGUGGAAAUAUGAUGAAGAGCACAAUGUUAGCAAAUUGUUGGGAUUCGCCAAAGUCGGACGAAAGAAGCUUUUCCUCUAUGACACCGAAAUGCAAACUUAUGAAGGCGAAAUUCUCUGCCUUCUCGACUUCUACGUCCAUUUCUCCUGUCAGCGUCAGGGCGUCGGAAAAGAGAUUAUCGAUUAUCUGCUGGCUCAGGAGCACACCGAGCCGCACCAGCUCGCGCUCGACAAUCCGUCAGUUACACUGCUCGGCUUCAUGUCGCAAAAGUAUGGAAUGACGAAACCCGUCUGGCAGAACACCAACUUCGUCGUUUUCGAUGAGCUGUUCCAGUCGCUGGGACCAGCUCCGCAAAAUGGUGGCAACGCCCCAGAAGGAUGGAGUCGUCCACAGACACCGCGUCGCAUUGGUUCGGGAAUGACUGACACUCGUUGGCUCCGACAUGCUGUUAGUGGCCAUCCGAGCAAGGGCAACGCGAUGGCGGCUCCAGUCGAGGCCGACAUGAGCCCACAAGGCGCGCUUUCGAAUCGUGCUCAUCAGGCUAAACAGCGCAAGGCUCAUAUUCUUUCUAGCAAGCCGCUUUGGUAA